AUGACCGAUUCGUUAACUAGAAAGCGAGGGUCGCUAAAGAGCUCCCUAACAAAUUUUGUUAAACACGUAGAUAGUAAGAAAGACCUAGAUAAACUGAGUGAAACCGACCUGAUCCAGCUAGAAGAAAGAUUAGAUCGCGUGAAAAUAGUAUUUGAUGAGUUCGAGGAGGUGCAAAACCAUAUAGAAUUGGCAGCCUCCGAAGAAGCUCUCCAGAAGGAAUAUGAAAUUAGGGCCACCUUCGAAGACACUUAUUAUAAUUACCGGUCUAUUGCCAAGUCCCUGUUAGCAAGUAAAGUAAUUGUGGACUUCAACAGUCAAAUCUCUUCAAGAAAUUCCGCAGUGUCAGAGACAGGUAGUCCUACCAGUAUUUUAAGUGGAGUUAAAUUGCCAGUUAUUGCCCUUCCCAAGUUCCAGGGAAAAUAUGAAAAUUGGUUAGAGUUCAGAGAAACUUUCGAGUCUUUAGUUCAUAGCAAUGAGUCUCUGAGUUCGAUUCAGAAGUAUCAUUACCUUAGAGCCUCCCUAGAGGGAAGUGCAGCCCUUGUAAUCAAAGCAGUUGAAUUCACAAGUGCAGGUUACACAGUAGCUUGGCAAGUUUUAUGCGAUAGAUAUAAUAAUACUAGACUAUUAGUUCAUAAUCAUAUCAAAUUAAUCUUCGGUUUAGAGUCUAUAACAAAGGAAAGUUCUUACAAGUUGCGUAAAUUAGUCGAUGAUCUGUCCAAGCAUUUGCGCUCACUAGAACAAUUGGAACAGAACACAAAAAAUUGGGACCCAUUAUUGAUUUUUCUAGCAUCAAGCAAGUUAGAUGCUAAAACACUUAGUGAAUGGGAAAAGCAUUCCUUAUCGUGUGAUAACCCGACGUUAGAAAACUUACAAACCUUUUUGCGCAACCGUGCAGAUUUAUUAGAAACCCUUGAAUUUAAAAGCGGUUCCAGUAGGUACGUGGCAGAUGAAAACAAAAGGAAAGAUUUCCGACAAAGUUCCAAAUCCCUAGUUUCCAAUAAUUCUACGGCUUUGUCAUGUUUCUUCUGCAAAGAUUCUCACUCGAUUUAUAAAUGUGAAUCAUUUUUAGGUUUGUCAUUGGAAAAAAGAAUAGAGUUUGUUAAACAGGCCAAUCUCUGUAAUAUUUGUCUACUGAAUAACCAUUCGAGCAAAAAAUGUAGGUCCGGUCCUUGUAAAAAAUGCAAAGCUUGGCAUAACACUCUUUUACAUCCUGAAAAUGAAUACACAGCGGUUACCAAAGAAAGCGGCUCAAGUUCGAAUAACGUAAACUCUUUAGCCAGUGGCGUAGACGUCCUCAAUAAUCACACAGUGUUAUUGUCUACAGCAAAGGUUAUAGUUUUUGACGAGUCCAAUCAACCCGUUUCGGUACGUGCACUGUUAGACUCUGGAUCGCAAUCAAGUUUCAUCACGGAUAGUUUGCGUCAGCGUUUGGGUAUAUCAACAAGCAACGCAAGCUUAAACGUUCUAGGUAUCUCAGGCAAUAUUUCAAAAAUCAAAGAGAAAUGCGUAGUAGAUCUAAACUCUCGGUAUGGUAAGUUUAAAGCGAGUGUUAACUGUUUCGUUCUUUCUAAUAUCACCAGUAUGACUCCAGCGUGGGGGUUUGAUGUUAGUUCGUUAAAAAUUCCUAGUGAUCUGCAACUGGCGGAUCCCGAAUUCAAUAAGCCCGCUCCCAUCGAUAUGCUUAUCGGAGCAGAGUUGUUCUGGGAAAUCAUCAAGCCUAAUAAAAUUUCGUGCGGUAGGAACAAGCCAGUAUUACAGGACACGGUAUUUGGUUGGAUCGUCUCCGGUCGCGUUAGUAAUGAUAACAACGUUCGCAACACUUCAUGUCACUUGAGCACAAAUCAAGAGUUAUGUAGAAUACUGUCGAAGUUUUGGGAAACCGAAGAGUGCUCCGUUGUCAAGCCUUGGUCACGCGAAGAAAUUGAAUGCGAAACAAUCUUUGAACAAACCACUCGUAGAGACUCUUCUGGGCGUUUCAUAGUCACUCUUCCUCUAAAGCAACAUCCUAGCUGUUUAGGCGAAUCACGUAGUCAAGCACAGAAGUUGUUCCAUAGUACCGAACGAAAACUAAGCAAAAACGAAUCGCUUAAAAUUCUCUAUACAAAUUUCCUCUCAGAGUACAUAGACCUCAAUCAUAUGAGUUUAGCUGAAGAGCAGAUAAACGAUGAUGUAUGCGAAUAUUUCAUGCCGCAUCACGGAAUUUUACGGGAAAACAGCAAGACUACACGUUUAAGAGUAGUUUUCAAUGCGUCAUUUCCUACCAGUAACGGAAUCUCUCUUAACAAUAUCCAGUAUAUCGGUCCAAUUUUGCAAGAAGACUUGUUGUCAAUCAUCUUGAGAUUUAGACAGCACAAGUACGUUAUUUCAGCAGAUUGCGCUAAGAUGUACCGACAAGUGCUCAUCGAACCUAGUCAGCGAAACCUUCAAAAAAUAUUAUGGCGUGAUAGUCCCGACCAGCCGCUGAAAUCAUAUACGCUAAACACGGUAACCUAUGGUCAGGCAUGUGCGAGUUACUUAGCAAUUCGUUGCCUUUUCGAACUAGCAAAAGUGUGUCAAGACAGCCAGCCAUACAUUGCGGAAAUCAUUCGCCGAGAUUUCUAUGUAGACGAUUUGCUUACAGGCGCUGAUACUAUUGAGCAUGCGCAGAGCAUUUGCGCUGAAGUUUCAUCUGUUUUACUAAGCGGGUGCUUUGAAUUAAGAAAGUGGUAUUCCAAUGAACCAGAAGUUCUAGCUAAUAUAGAUAGCAAGGAUUCUCCUUGCGGGAUCAUAGAGUUCGGUCCUGGGGAAAACGCGAAAACGUUAGGAUUAACCUGGUCGUGUCACAAUGAUGAGCUAUUGUACACGUUAGAGAAUCUCGAUGUCGGAAGUAGAUGCACCAAGAGGCUCAUUUUAUCCGUAAAUGCUAAAAUAUUCGACCCCUUGGGAUUAGUCAGUCCGUCAAUCAUCAUCACCAAAAUUCUGAUGCAAAGUUUAUGGCUCGAGAAGUUAGGAUGGGAUGAUGCGUUGCCCAGACAUCUAGCCGAUAGAUGGUUCAGAUUUUUAAACGAUCUGCCGAAUUUAGAGAAAAUUUCAAUAUCACGACGAGUAGUUUGCGACAACCCUCAACGUAUCGAGUUGCAUGGAUAUUGCGAUGCAAGCGAGCGUGCGUUCGGUGCAUGCUUGUACGUAAGAAGCAUCGACGUCGAGGGUAAGAUACAUGUCCAUUUGUUGACUGCUAAAAGCAAGGUGGCACCUAUUAAAACAAUAAGUGUGCCAUGUUUAGAGUUAUGCGGCGCACUAGUUCUUUCUCGAUUAGCGGACAAAGUUAAAAAAUCAAUGACACUCAAGUUUGACGAAUGUUUUUUAUGGAGCGACUCACAAAUCGUUCUUGCUUGGAUAAGCGCGAGUCCCAGUUCGUUGAAAGUUUUCGUCGCCAAUAGAGUUGCAGAAAUUCAGGGUUUAACUGCUAAUUGCGAGUGGCGUUAUGUACCUACGCGCGACAAUCCCGCAGACUUAGUAUCGAGAGGGCUCUAUCCAAGCGAGUUGUUGGAAUCACAACUUUGGUGGCGCGGACCGACCUGGUUGUGCCUAGAAAAAGGCAAUUGGCCGAAUCAUACUUAUGCAGUUGUCAACUUGCCGGAGCUAAGGCAGCAAACAUGCGUCGCUAUUAAAGAGUGUCAGGAAACCUUAUUUCCUUUCGAGAGAUUUUCAAGUUAUACCCAUUUGCUGAGAACGGUUGCUUACAUGUUGCGAUUUGCCAAAAACUGUAGAACGUUUCAGACUGAGCGAGUUUUCGGAUGUUUGUCUAAACAAGAGCUGAAUCGCGCUCGCACAAUUUUAUUGAAAAUAUCACAAAUUCAAUCCUUUCCCAGAGAAGUGUCUGAUCUAUCCCAACAUCGAAAAAUAAAUGGCAAGAGCAAAUUGUUAAGUUUGACUCCGUUUUCCGAUUCUGCUGGCCUUAUACGCGUCGGCGGCCGCUUAGAAUAUUCCGAUUUGAGUUUCAACAAAAAGCAUCCUAUAGUUUUGGAUUGCGCACAUCAUUUAACCAAACUGUUGUUUUCUUAUGAGCAUCUUCGCAACCAACACGUGGGUCCUCAUAGCUUGCUAGCCUUUAUAAGGGAAGAGUUUUGGCCUAUCGGCGGUAGAAAUAUGGCGCGCUCAAUCGUGAGGAAAUGCAUACGGUGCGCAAGACACAGAGGAGAAACAGUUCAGCCCUUGAUGGGAAAUUUACCGCGAGAAAGAAUCGUUCCAUCUCCUCCAUUUAGCUGCGUCGGUGUCGACUACGCAGGUCCCUUCAUUAUACGUCAUGGUUUAAGUAGAGGUCGCGGCGGCAAAUUGGAUUAUUUAUCUGCUUUGCUACAAAGGCUGUGCAUCUCGAAUUAA